CAUCCAUCAAAAUUCGCAACCACCAUGAUAACCUGUUCUUCAUCGUUCUCACCACACCAUUUGAUUAACUCCCGAGAUUUUCCGUUCAAAUCCCUGAAGGAUUUCUCAUUCCUCCACUCAUGCAAAUCCAUAAAAGAACUUAAGCAAAUCCAUGCUUUGAUCGUGAAAACAAGCCCAUCAAUUGAAAUACAACAGCUACUAUACUCCAAGAUGCUACCUUUAUGUGCUUGCUUUACCCCCUUUACUGAUCUCAGCUACAUCCACUCCCUGUUUGCUCAAUUGUCUGACCCAGAUAUCAAUCUCUAUAACACCAUUAUUCGAUGUUUUUCCGGUUCCAAGAACAAGGAAACUUGUAUAGUUGUGCUGUUAUUUUAUCUUGAGCUGAUGAAAAAUGGAUUAGUUGCUGAUAGCUAUACAUACCCUUUUGUUUUGAGAGCGUGUGCGCAGUUAAAUGCCUUGAGCGAAGGGGAAAUGAUUCAUGCCCAUCUGGUGAAAACGCGGUUUUUCUUAGAUUUGUAUGUUGUAAACACGUUGAUGCGUUUAUAUGGUGCUUGUGGAGUUGUUGACGGUGUUAGGAAGGUUUUUGAUGGAAGUCCUGAGCGGGACUUGGUGUCUUGGACUACGUUGAUUCAAGGGUAUGUGGACAAUGGGCACUGGAGAGAAGGAAUAGACAUGUUUUUUGACAUGUGUGAAUCAGGACAAAGAGCUGAUGAGAAGAUGAUGGUUGUUGUAAUCUCUGCAUGUGCUAAAUUAGGGGAUUUUAGUCUUGGUAAGAAGUUACAUGAGUAUGUAGUCCACAACAACGUGAAUUUUGAUGUAUUUGUUGGGAAUGCAUUGGUGGAUAUGUAUCUUAAAUGUGGCGAUGCUGAUUCUGCUUGUAGAGUUUUCAAAGAGAUGCCAGCGACAAAUGUUGUUUCUUGGAAUUCUCUGAUAUCAGGACUAGCUCAGAAAGGAGAUUUUGAUGGAGCUAUGAAUUUGUUCAGGGAAAUGCAGGUUAAUAGAGUUAAGCCAGAUGCGACGACUUUAAUUGCUGUCCUUAACUCCUGUGCUAAUUUAGGUGUACUUGACUUGGGGAAGUGGGUUCAUUCCUAUUUGGAUAGAAGCCAAAUUAAGGCAGAUGGGUUUCUGGGGAAUGCUCUUGUAGAUAUGUAUGCAAAGUGCGGAAGCAUAGUUGACGCUCUAGGAGUUUUUGAACGCAUGGAGCAUAGAGAUGUGUUUGCAUAUACUUCUGUAAUUCUUGGGUUGGCUUUGCAUGGGGAAGGAGAGGUGGCACUUAAACUUUUCACCAAGAUGCUUGAAGUGGGCAUUCAUCCUAAUGAAGUGACUUUUGUUGGGGUACUGGCGGCAUGUACUCAUGCAGGGCUUGUGGAAGAAGGGCAGAAGUAUUUCACGGACAUGUCCAAAGUGCACAAAAUUGAACCUCAAACAGAGCACUAUGGGUGUAUGGUUGACCUUUUUGGAAGAGCUGGGCUUCUCUCCGAGGCUAUGGAUUUUAUCGAAAAUAUGCCCCUGGAGCCUGAUGCCUUUAUUUGGGCAACUUUACUGGGAGCUUGCAGGUUACAUGAAAAACUUGAGCUUGCUGAAAGCAUAAUGGAACACCUUCCUCGCAUAGAGCCUGAGAAAGAUGGUGGGUAUGUUCUUAUGUCAAACAUGUACGCCUCAGCGAAUAAAUGGAGCAAAGCAUUGCAGUUGAGAAAAGCAAUGAAAAAGAGAAAAUUGAAGAAAACUCCAGGAUGCAGCUGCAUUGAAUUGGAUGGAAUAGUUUAUGAAUUUCGGAGUGGUGAUACAGCACACCCUAAAACUGAAGGCAGAUAUGCAGUGAUUAAUAAGAUAUCAUUUCAGUUGUAUGAUGCUAUCUACUGAUGAAUGAUAUCUAUGUAAAUAGUGGAAACGGAUAGAAGAAACACUUAUUUCCUCACUUAUCUAUGUAAACAAGAGACUGUAAUUGCAUAGCAGAGCUUGCUGUUGCUGCAACUCAUUGAAAAAAUUUCCGCGUCACACUUAUCUAAGAGAUUCUACUCUGCAGAAGUAAGCCAAAUGAAAACAAGUCUGUUAUCCAUUUGUAGCCCUGUCAGUCAACAGUGCCAAGUAAUCUUGGGCCAUCCAUGGUAUUUUUAGCUCAAUGCACUCUACAGGCUGGGGAGAUUAGAACUCGACUUUUUCUCUGUUUCUCUCCAAGACUCUCAUCUGGCUCUAGCUUGCUAGCUCCAUGUUACCACUGGUUUGUUGAAGAAGCAACAUAUAAGAAGUCUCGAAGCAUGUUCAUUCUCUCUGUGGAGGAGUAACCUUGGCAGAGCUAUUGCUGUGGACAGAACUAAAAAGGAUUUAUCCUGUACAAUCUUGAGAGACAAAAUAGGAUAUACUUGAAUCUAAUGCAGCCAUUUCACCUUCAAAUCUACUUGCACAUUUCUGUUUUGUGCCUUGUAAUUCCUUUUUCUUUUAUGUGAUUCUCAGUCUUCUAUA